GGACUUUGGACCCGUCCGCCAGCGCAGGGGUCUGCUGCCUAUAUAAGGUGUCGGUCAGGAGGGUGGUAGUAGAAGACUGUCAAGCUCCGUUGGAGUCAUGAAGGUCCUGGUGGUCCUCGCCCUCGCGCUCCUCGCUGGCUGUGAUGCCUCCAACUUCAUGAGAUACGACCAGCGUCAGGUGGACUUGGUCAAAGAUGCUUUCUGGGAUUCUGUUUCCAAGGCGACCAUGAUGGCGGAGGACUCCCUGAAGCAAGUCAGGAGGUCCGAGCUCGGGAAGGAAGUCAAUUACAUGAUCUCGCAGAGCUCGGAAGCCGUCGAGAAGAUCGCGACCGUCCUCCGCACCCAGGUGGCGCCGGUCACUCAGGACCUCUUGUUCAAGUUCUCAGAGCAGGCGGAGAAGCUGAGAGGUCGUCUGGAGAAAGAUCUGAGCAACGUGGGCGCCAACAUGCAGCCUUACGCAGAGGAGGCGAUGGUCCACUUCCAGUCUCAGGUGGAGCAGCUGAAGAAGCAGGCGGCGCCUUAUGCAGAGUCCAUGGACGCUGAGACUCUGAAGGCCGUGGUGAUGGAGAAGAGCCUGGAGAUGAAGAGCCAGCUGGAGCUGAACAUGGGCCUGCUCCAGGAGCAGAUGGGUCCCUUCACUGAGGAGAUGAAGCAGAGGAUGGCAGCUCACCUGACGGAGUUCCAGAGGAGCAUGGUGCCUCUGACGGAGGGCUUCCAGGUGGAGCUGAGCAAGAGAGCGCAGGAGGUCCAGCAGAACCUGGCGCCCUACGCCGAGGAGCUGAGGGUCAAGCUGCACUCCGACACCAAGAGCCUGAGGAAGCAGCUGAUGUCCCUGUGGAAGAGCUUCAGCAAGAUGGCGCAGUGACGGGCGCGUACGGGACACGUGUGUGUGCAAUAUCCAACCAGUCUGUUCAGCGUGUGGCGCCUCCUCUGAGCAGCAAUAAA